GUCUUUUGUGAACUUCAUAGAACGUCAAAAGUAAAGACGUGUAACAGUUUCUUAUGUGUAUUUCCAUAGAUAGCUACAACAACAGCUACAUCAAAUAUAGGUGGUUGAAUGAAGUCUUGGUAAAAAAUCACAAUCUCGAUCAAUUUUUAGUGGAUGAGAAACCAGAAAUAACUUCAUUUGUUCGAAAUUAUUUGGCCGGUAAUUUUCUUCCUUUUUGAAUCUUGAAUAAGCCGAUUGUGGUAUGUGGCUCUCGAUCACGCUGCUUUACGAGGCUGCGGUAAUACAAAUACUUACAAAAUAUUAUAAAUAUGCUCUAUUAUUUUUAGGUAAUUUCACGGUGCUUGAGGUUACUUUGAAGUUUAAAAGACAAACCGGUUUUUACGUUAUACGUUUAUUUGUUCCAAGCGCUAUGCUUGUGUGCUUAUCAUGGGUAGCAUUUUUUGUUUCACCUACAGAAGUUGGUGACCGCUUAGCAAUUGGUAUCACAUUAAUUCUAUCUAUGAUAUUUCUUCUUGGAUAUGUCGAUUCAUCACUUCCAAAGGUCUCCUACGUCAAAGCUGUCGAUUGGUAUUUAAUCAUGGCACUCAUAAUGAUUGUCUCCAGUGUUAUGGAAACUGUUCUGUUGUACUGGUAUAUUCAAAGAAGGAAAAAGAAAGCAUUAGCCGUAGGUAGUUUAUGUCUAACCAUAUUCGAAAUGAUUUUCCAGCCACUAUUUGGCGCGAACAAGAGCAAUAUGGAUGUACGAAAACGUCUAAAGAGUAGUUUAAGAAAUGAAAAUUUUAUUUUUAACUUUUUAUUAAAAAUUCUAUUUUACCGAGGACUUAAUCUAUGAAAUUUGUCCUCAGCCUGUGUUCUUAUUUGUUUCACAUGCAAGGCCUGAAAUUUAAUUCAUCCAUGUUUUGCUUUUUAUUUUUCAAGAAAAUAGAAUUUUUUUGGCAAAAGCAAAUGUGAUUCUGCUGCUGAGUUUUUGUAACGUUUUUAACAUCUUCACCAUGCUAUUCUUUUGCAAGGCAAAAUUUAUCACAGACCCAUAUGUAUCAACAUUUAUUCUGCUUUAUUUUACUAUUUUUUGAACAUGCUGGUAUGAACUACCAAAGAAGAAAGGUUUUACAUCACAGAAAAAAACUAGCUGUUGGAAAGUUACAAAAAAUGAUUUUUUUUUAUUGUACAACACCUGUGGAAAAAACUUGGUUGGUCUCUGUCGCUGCAGCUUUUUGAAAACGAUUACGAAAACACCCCUGUUGAACUCCGUUAACGGUUAAUUAUUCCAUCUUCAAGAAAUUAAUUUUUAUUGUAAGUUGCCAUACAAAUCACUAUAAAUGCCGAUAAAAUUUGUCAGGUGAAGAUGAAUUUAUAGUGAAAACAUAAAUUUUUAUACAUGU